CACAAGUACACUACAGGUUAUUUAAGAUAAGCAUAUAAAAGGGAAUGUGAUGGCAAAAUUUUCUUCCUAUUCACCAUGAAAUAUUUGGCGAUCGUUGCGUUUCUUGCUAUUGUAUUGGCGGUAGAAGCAGGGAGGAGGCCGCCAAAGCCGCCAAAAAGGAGGUGUGAUAAUGAUUCUGACUGUAACCCAGAUGAGUGCUGUUUGGCACGUCCUUUUGGCUUGAACAUGAAAGGAGAUUGCAAGAAACUCACCAGAGAAGGAAAACGGUGUGAUAACACAGAUGAUUUUGGUGGAAAACAUCUAUUCGGGUGCCCAUGUGCAGAAGGAUUAACUUGCAGGGGUAAAACAAAGGAAAUAGAAGGACUUGGAGUAUUAAACUACAAGUUCAGGUGCCUAAGAGAAGGGUCAACCACUCCCAACAAUGAACUUGAAGUUACAACUGAUGAUAGUAGUAGUAGUAGUAGCGAAGAAACAACGGAAGCAACUGAAGCUGACGAGUUUGUAUAAAAUGUUGAAAAGUGUAAUGUUAUGGCUGGGAGGAUUAAGAAUGCGUUACAGAGCAGUUUUUUUGUAUAUACAGCCUAACUGAAUAAAAUAAAAAUACGCUGUUUCA